GUUGAUGUAUACGAGUUUGCGUCGUGAAUAGUGUGAAAGUUUACAUUUACGCCGAUUUAUUUACAAUAACACCAUGGCAGAACAAACAGACAUUCCCGUAUGCACGCUGUUUCAAGAAACUGCAGCCGAUUUAAAUGUAAAUGCUGGAGAUUUCUUGCAGGAUUGCAAACCGAUUGACGAUUCUACAGAAAAGUCCAAAAUUUCAAAAGAAGAGAAACAAAGUCCAGGUGUUUGUAAUUUAUUUCAAGAUGAUGCGUCAGACGUAGAUCUAUUCUCAAGUUUGGCGAUCACAGAUCAAAGUUUUGUGGCAGAACCUUCUGCAAGAAGUGAUGCAACAGAGGCUAGUGUUGAAAAUAUGGAUCAAAAUGAGAAGAACUCUGGUAUAGAGGAUAAACAUACAGUUAUGGAUGCAAAUAAUUGUGAAGAAAGUCCAGAGCAAAAUGAUACCAUGGCUUCAAUAUUGAUUAACGACUCAUUUGAAAAUAUUUCUAAUAUUUCGUUUGACCAAUCUCAUACAGAACCAGAGGUAGAAACUAACUUGAUCACAACAACAGACCAAAUUUCUCAAAGUUCCCUUGAAAAUGAUGUGAAAACUGAAGCCAGCAACACCGCCGUGGUAGGACAAGAUCAAAAUAACUUAAUAACAACAACGGACCAAAUUCAACCAACUUUCCUCGAAAAUGAUGAGAAAACCGAAGCCAGCAACACCGCUGUUAUGAAACAAGACGAAAACAAAAAUAUGGAUUUUGAAAACAAAGAAAAACCAGAAGUAUCAACUGUACAAGCUGUUAGUACCAAUGAAAAACCAGCAGAACCUGCCAGGAUUGAAUCUACAGAACAAACAACUUCUGAUGUAAACACCACACUCGCAAGUGCUUUGUUUUCAAACUUAGAUUACUCAAGUCCAUUUGAUCGCAUCAGAAAACCAUCGGAAGAUGCAUUCACAAGUGCGUUGACCAACAGUGAAGCGGAUCGUAGACGAGAUGCAUGGAUUCCAUCGGACUCCACAUCAGCGGUCCUCUCUGCCAUCUUUACAUCACAGAAGCGGAUCAAACUGGAACCAACUCACUUGACAAGACCGGGACUCGCAACCAGUGAAUCUUUAGGUGAUCCAAUCAAAGCAGUUUUAGCUCGGCAUGGAGCAACAGACAUCGCAAACCAGAGGCAACGUAACACAGCAGAUUCUGUGUCACAAGAUAAAGGAGGGUUAAUGGAGUUGGUGACAAGUGGUGAUCUACGAGCAGCUGUUGAUUUGUGUGGAAAGAUUCUCACGGAUCUUGGCCAAGGAUUUGGACAUGCAACCCAACCAAGUGAAAAUUCACCAGUUUCUUUACAGUGGUGGCAUGCAAGGCUUAGCUUAUUAAUAAGAUUAAAGUUAUACGAGUUGGCUGAAACUGAAAUCAACCAGUUCGGAGAUUUUGACAAAGCUGAUCUUUAUUUUGGUUUCUACCCUGAUUUAUAUCCAGGUAGAAGAGGUAGUAUGGUUCCCUUCUCCAUGCGUGUACUGCAUGCACAGUUUCCUCUGCAUAAUAAUAAACCAGAUGAAGCACUCGGACGAUUGUAUGCAUUACAAGAUACUUGUGAAAAGAUCCUGCAUCACCUUAACUGUGGAAAGAAAGAAGAUGGACUAGUUGGUGAAUUGAAAUGUGAAGAUAAAGAAGCUUCUAUUAGGUUGUGGAAGGAAAGAAGCAAGAGUCUGUUCUACUGCAUAGGCAAUGCAUUAUUACAAAACAGAGAGUAUGAAGCAGCUAUUAAAACUUAUGAUCACAUCCUUACUACAAAUGGAGGUGAUGCCGUUUACCUUCAAAGUGGUAUAGGCCGUGCCUUGCUUCAACUUGGUAGCAUCAAAUCUGCGCAACACAGGUUCACAAAAGCAGAACAAGCAGCGAAUGAUGAUCCAAAGUAUAAACCCCAACUCCUAAUGAACAGAGCUUUUCUGUACCUUGGUGCAAGCAAUUGGAAAGAAGCUCUCGUUCAAUUUAAUGAAGUGCUAAAAUUGGACCCUCAAAAUCUUGAGGCUCUUAACAACAAGUCCGUGUGUUUGUUGUAUUUAUGUCGAUUGAGAGAUGCGAUUACUUCGCUCGAAACUGCUGUGUGGAUGCAGAGUAAAGAGAAUGCAAAAGAUUUUGUUAAAAAUCAAUUACCGUUUGAAGGAGCGCUUUCCAACCUUGUUACUCUAUAUGAGUUAGAAUCAUCACGUUUUAUGUCAAAGAAACAAUCGUUAUUACACCAUAUCGCCAAUAUUUCUGGUGAUGGGUUUGACGUGACAUGUCUCAAAAUGUGAACACGAUUAUUAUAUGUUAUGUGCAAUGUUGUGAUGAUAUAUUGAUAAUAACAGGGUGGGGAAAGAAGGGACACCUUCUGACUCUAUUUUCUAGUCCCAUUUGGUGUUAAACAAAAAAUAUUCAAAAAAAUAUAAAAUCGUACCCUCACGACUCCUAUAGACAUUGUUAAUUGUUUAAAACACGGUCAGGAAAUUUAGACAUUAUGUGCUAAAGGUGUCCUAUCUUACCCCACAGCAUUAUAUAAUGAUAAUAAAAACUGAAAACAUUGAAGAUGGUAAAAGUUAUCGCA